AUGGCACGCCUAGCGGCCGCUGAUCAGCUCAGUAAGGCCGGCCACUCUGUGACAGUGUUUGAGAGAGUGGAUAGAAUUGGAGGCCUCAUGAUGUACGGUGUGCCAAACAUGAAGACCGACAAAGUGGAGGUCGUUCACCAGCGAGUGAACCUGAUGGCUGCCGCAGGGAUCGAGUUCAUUGUUAAUGCGAAUGUCGGAGUUGACAAGUUAUUCUCGGUGGAGAGGGACCUUAAAGUAGAAGGCCGAGAAUAUGAUGGCAUACGUUUUGCCAUGGAGUUCCUUCACACGAAUACCAAGAGUUUGCUGGAUUUGGCUCAAGGACAACAACUACAUAUCUGCCAAAGACAAGAAAGUGGUGGUGAUAGGAGGAGGCCAUACAGGCACAGAUUGCAUCGGUACUGUGGUCCGCCACGGCUGCACGAGCGUUGUAAAUCUGGAGCUACUUCCUCAGCCUCCUGCAACUCGUGCACUGGGGAAUCCAUGGCCACAGGUAAGAGUUUCUUGUCUUUUCGCCUCUGUGUUGGAGGCUCGCGAUUGUUGCAGUGGCCACAAAUUUUCCACGUCGAUUACGGGCCCGCCGAGGCAAAGGAGAAGUUUGGUAGUGAUCCUAGGUCUUUUUCUCCGGCGGCUUCGUGUAAACACGUGAGUAAGAGAUAA